UGCUGGCAGCAAAGCCUCAAGUCGCUGCGGUACCCUUUUCUACAUGGCCCCGGAAAUCUUCAAAGGUCGAUAUACAAGAUCAGUCGACUGGUGGGCACUCGGAGUGACCAUCUACAAACUGCUCACUGGAGAUGUACCGUUUUAUGCCGAUACUGAUCUCGAGUACCUGAUGUUAGCAAGUCGUGAGGAGCCCGAAUAUCCUGACGACUUAACAGAAGACACUCGAGACAUAUUGGAAAAUCUCCUAAAGAAAGAUCCAGAGCAGCGCCUUGGGGCCGGAGAACAUGGAGCCGAGGACGUGAGGAAGAGCCCAUUCUUUGAGGGAUUAGACUGGGAGGCUCUUGAAAAGAAAGAGAUCGAGCCGCCAUUUAUCCCCAGAGGAAGAGCACACGGACAACCUGAAAUCAGCCUUAAACUAAAGGCUCAGGUUGAAGCCAAAGUGUGCGAAGAAGCCGAAUGGGCACUGGUGGAGCUGAACUACCCUUUGAGUUCAGCUUCAGAAACAGAAGAAGAAGAAUCAUAAGAAACGUUCCUUGGAAUGAAGCAGAGAUGAUUGGCAGGAAGAAAGUCUGUUCCCAGCUUGAGAAAUCCAAUCAGCGUUCCGGAGUCCUAUUAUGGAUUGAAAAUGCAAACAUCGCAACUCCGGGAGUAGGAAAAGGGGUGAGUCUGUUGGGCAGGAUGUCGGGUCAGUCAGUCAAGAGUUAAUUUGCCCAACAGGGGUGGAGGAGGGUUCAACUUUAAGCCAAAAACAUCGCUUAAAGUUAAAAAAAAAAAAAAAAAAAGAUCACCCACGAGCUGAUUGGAGCACAGCGACAUGAAGAGGGUGAGACUGUUGGGCAGGAAGUCAGUCAAGAGUUAAUUUGCCCAACAGGGGUGGAGGAGGGUUCAACUUUAAGCCAAAAACAUCGCUUAAAGUUUAAAAAAAAAAAAAAAAAAAGAUCACCCACGAGCUGAUUGGAGCACAGCGACAUGAAGAGGGUGAGACUGUUGGGCAGGAAGUCAGUCAAGAGUUAAUUUGCCCAACAGGGGUGGAGGAGGGUUCAACUUUAAGCCAAAAACAUCGCUUAAAGUUAAAAAAAAAAAAGAUCACCCACGAGCUGAUUGGAGCACAGCGACAUGAAGAGGGUGAGACUGUUGGGCAGGAAGUCAGUCAGUCAAGAGUUAAUUUGCCCAACAGGGGUGGA